UCUCUUCAAACAGUCAUGUGUUACUAUGUAGCCAUACAGAAAUGGCUUUUGGAGGGAAAAGGUACAAGCUUGACAUCGAAAGGACUACAAAUGAACGAUGACCUCAGGAACCUGUCCCUGUCCGGCCACGUGGGCUUCGACAGCCUCCCGGACCAGCUGGUCAACAAGUCAACGUCACAGGGCUUCUGCUUCAACAUCCUGUGCGUGGGCGAGACGGGCAUCGGCAAGUCGACGCUGAUGGACACGCUGUUCAACACCAAGUUCGAGAGCGAGCCCGCCACGCACAACGAGCCCGGCGUGCGGUUGAAAGCGCGCAGCUACGAGCUCCAGGAGAGCAACGUGCGCCUCAAGCUGACCAUCGUGGACACCGUGGGCUUUGGAGAUCAGAUCAACAAGGAUGACAGCUACAAGCCCAUAGUGGAGUACAUCGAUGCUCAGUUCGAAGCCUACCUGCAGGAAGAGCUGAAGAUCAAGCGGUCCCUGUUCAACUACCACGACACGCGGAUCCACGCCUGCCUCUACUUCAUCGCUCCCACCGGACACUCCCUCAAAUCCCUGGACUUGGUUACCAUGAAGAAGCUUGACAGUAAGGUGAACAUCAUCCCCAUCAUUGCCAAGGCUGACACCAUUGCAAAGAACGAGUUGCACAAGUUCAAGAGCAAAAUCAUGAGCGAGCUGGUCAGCAACGGCGUCCAGAUCUACCAGUUCCCCACCGACGAGGAGACGGUGGCCGAGAUCAAUGCCACCAUGAGUGUCCACCUUCCUUUUGCCGUGGUUGGCAGCACUGAGGAAGUGAAGAUUGGCAACAAGAUGGCCAAAGCCAGGCAGUACCCCUGGGGUGUCGUGCAGGUUGAGAAUGAAAACCACUGUGACUUUGUGAAGCUGCGGGAGAUGCUGAUCCGGGUGAACAUGGAGGACUUGCGGGAGCAGACGCACACCCGGCACUACGAGCUGUACAGGCGCUGCAAGCUGGAGGAGAUGGGCUUCAAGGACACAGAUCCAGACAGCAAACCUUUCAGUCUCCAAGAGACUUAUGAAGCCAAGAGGAAUGAAUUCCUGGGCGAGCUGCAGAAGAAGGAGGAUGAGAUGCGGCAGAUGUUUGUCAUGCGGGUGAAGGAGAAGGAAGCAGAGUUGAAGGAAGCAGAGAAGGAUCUUCACGAAAAGUUUGACCACCUAAAGAGGACUCACCAAGAAGAGAAGAAAAAGGUGGAAGACAAAAAGAAGGAACUUGAGGAAGAGCUGAACAACUUUCAAAAGAAGAAGGCAGCAGCUCAGCUAUUACAGUCACAGGCUCAGCAGGCAGGUUCUCAACAAACCAAGAAAGACAAGGACAAGAAAAAAAAUCCAGCCUCGAGGAACAUGCCUGUGUCUUAGUGUGUCCUUUGUGUCGCUCCACACCAGUGCAAGCUUCACAUAAAGCCUGUCGAGCCAAGGAUGUUCCUGCAUUCACCUGCUUUUGCAGUAAUGUGUCUCUGCCAUCUGUUUUCUUUUUAUAUUUUUUUUUCCAUUUUUUAACAUGAAUAACUAUUAACUCAUAACAUAGUGGGAACGAGAAGGAAGAGGGAUUGGGUGCAGGACUGUGUGUGAGUGGAAGUUCAGGGGUGGGUGGAGGGACGAGGUAAUCACCUCGAUGACACCAUGCAUUUCUCUCACCCAAACCAUCAGCAGUGAAUUCUUUUUGGCCCCCAGUCUGAACUGAGAUCAGAGUGGGCUGUCAGCAGCUCAGGUAUUGGUGGCUCAGGUGCCCUCAGGGCUGCUGGCUGUGCCCUGGGAUCCCCAGGGAAUGAGUGCUGCAGGAAUGCCCCAGCCAGCCCAGGCCACAGCUGAGUUUAGCCUGACUCCCAAUUCCUUGAGGAGCUGGUGUGUUGAGCAGCCCCAGUCCCUGCCGGGAGAGGGAGGGAGGGGGGUGUGUGUAGAUAACCAAGUGUAACUGACCUUGCAUGCCCUGACAUUUGCAUGAUCAUUUGUGUUAGUCCCUGUUCCCUGCUGUCUGCCCUGGCCUGGUUUUCCAGCCUCCCUUCCAGCUCAGUGGGGAAGGACCAUUCCCAGCACUGCUCUCCCUGCACUAUUGCCUCAAACCUUUGGAGCCUCCCUUAAGUCCUGCCUGCUUUCCGAGGGGCAGGAUCUUAAGGAGGCUUAGCAGCCCCCAUGGAAUCAAAUGCCCGGGCAGGGGGAAGAUAGAGCCUUCAGCAUCCUCCUGGAGCUUCCAGGAGCAUGUGGGAUCCAGAAUUCCAGGCCAAGGGAGAGAAGGUGCCUGCACACACAGUCUCUGCGCUGCCCCCAAGCCCUCCUGCAGCAGGAAUCAUGUCCCCUCCAGGUGUUCCUAGGACAUGCCAAGGAGGUGUAGGAUAAGCCAGGCCCUGCUCUCUGGCCAGCUCACAGUGGGAGUGGGGCUGUUCCAAGUGUUUUUUCCAUGCCAUUGCUUUCAGUCUUCCCCUUCCUUCCCAAGGAGUGGCGAGCCGUGCUCACCCUGCGACUCCUGGAUUUCUCCCUCUGCCAGUGCACAGCCAGCACUUCCCAGCUAGGCAGUCUCUUUAAAGCCUUCUUACACAAAACUCAUCCUGCCUGAGUCUCCCACUGCAGCUGUUGGCCUGCUUCUGGAUGCAGUUUCUCUGGGGGGAAAGAAAAGGCACACUUCUCACUGCUUUGAAUCCCUUUUUCCUCAGGUCUUGGAUUGGGAAGUGCUUGGAGGUUAGCUUAUGGGUUGUCUUGCUUUUUAACCCUCACUGCUUAAACAUGGCUUUAGGAAGAGGAUGUCUAUGUACCAUGUCUUGGUGGAGAGCAAAAAUGGAUAAAUAAGCUGGAAAUAAAGCAGUUAACCUUUUUAUCCUUUUUAAAAAUGUUUUACAUUUUUUUUUAUAUUUUUAAAGUAGUUUUAAAAAUUAUUAUUUUGUUGUUGUUUGGGUUUGGUUUUUUUUCCCUCCUUGAGUUGCCAACUAUGCACUUUUCAUCAGGUUAAAUAGGUUUGCUGCAGGGUUAGCUGGAAAAAUGAAAUUCUGGUUCUUGUGGCUUCUGGCAAACCCAGCUUUAAAAUCCUGAGUUAUGAAGGAAGAAGUUUGAGCUGUUUGCAUGAGUUUUUUUACAGUCACAUCUCGUGCCCAUCACCGAGUGCUCGUGGCAAUAUGCUUUGCUUCAGCUGCCUCUGUGCGUGUCAUCUUCUUAAUUACCAGUGUUUUGUGCCAAGCAGAAAACUUAAUUUUAACAUUUAUUUCUCCUGCUUCAUUUAACAGCCCUUCAUGGGAUGUUCAGCAGGGGAAAUCAGCUGAGUUGAGCUUUUCCUUUUUGACAGAAAGCUGUGGCCAAGUGCAUUAGUGUCUUUUUGGUUGAGUUUUUCUCCAGCAGAAAACCAGCUGUGUUGGAGAAACUGGGAAUAAACCACAGACUUGAAGAUGUCCAAGGUACUGUUUUGUUUUUUUGCCAAAGGAGAUGGAAAUGACUUUUUUCCCCAUCUUGAACCCCUGGGCCAUGUUUAGCUCGUUCCUGCUGCUCUUGUUGCUUUUCCUUUCCCCGUGCCUUUUUUCCCAGUAGCCCCUGACGUGCAUGGAGUGAAUGACAGACUCAGGUCUGGCUGGAUGUGCUUUCACCUCUGCAUGUAAGUACAGCAGGAAGAGACUGACCCUUCCUGCCUUGCUCCUGGCAGGAGACCAGCUGUGCUUUUCUGGGAGAUUCUCCAAGUCCACUUACUUGCCAGUGGGGUGGUUAACCCUCCUCUAAAACUGCAUGUUCCUCACAAGGUGGAUUUCGGUCCUUAGGCUAAUGAAGAGGAGCAGGAAAGCAUGUUAAAAGGUGCUUUUUUCUGGGAUGGUGAUGUUCCCAGGGCAUGGAGCAAACCCCCAGAAUGGAAAAGCAAAGACAGUCCAGGUCUCUGUGUGGGGCUGUGGCUGCUCUGUAGAGAGGGGGCUCACAUGAGUCUGGCAGGCAGUGGGAGAGGAGGAGAUGGAUUCAGGGUUUGCUCCCCCAGAACCUUGCAGGGAUCACUCAGUUCCUUCCGAGGGAGGGCAGUGAGUAGGAAGGUGCUCUUGGAGCUCGUGGUUGUGAAGUGCAUCAUCUUGAGAUGCAUCUCCUGUGAUGCUCCAGGAGCCACAGGAGAAAGCAGGUGCUGGCAGCCACCCCGGGCUCCUCUCCAGCUGGAGAGCUGCCACUGCUGUCACCCCCUCCGUGUGCUUCUGACAGCCUGGAAUCCCGGCAGGGAGCUGCCUGUCUCCCUGGAAGGACAUCCACGUUAAACAGGGCCCAUGGUUCUGCAGGCAGCUCUCCUCUGCUUCUCCCAAGGCAUCCCAGUGCAGCUGGAAAUGUCUUUUUGUGUGUGAGCAGCUCAGCCGUGUCCGUGUGACUCCAGAGCCCUUCCGUGUCCCUUCUCCCUGGCCCGGGCAGCGCGUGCAGGGUGCCACAGCUGCGGCGCUCUCUGCCUGCACCGAGCUCUGCAGACAUGAAGGGUUUUUUAAUUCUUGGGAAACAAAGCUGUGAACAGCGGUAGAAAUCUUGUAUUUUUAAUAUCCUGAUUGCCUUAAACCAUAGAUGUAGGAGUUUAUUACCUUGCUAUUGGAAAAUAACCCACGUUUGUAACUAAACAAUUGUGUAACCUACAUACAGUGUUAAUGCAAAUGAUAUGUAUGCAUCUGUUAGAUAUUGUCACUUUAUUUGAUGUUAAAAUAUUUCAGUUUUUGAAUUACAGAUGGAAUAAUAACCUUCUAGCAUAA